GUUGGGGUGCUGGGCGCCGAUUGGUCCUCCCGUGCUGUCAGUCAAGCCGCGGGGUCCCCACCGCGUCCCCGGCUGGGGCUCGGCAGCAGGUUGCGUUGCGCGGCGGAGGUUGGUGUCUGAGGCGGCCGCGGCGGCGGGCUCCCUUCCUCCGCCCCCUCGGUGCCCCGCGCCCUGCGGAGGGUUUUAAUUCUGUGUUUACUAUGUUUGUUUGGACAAAAUUAGGAUUCCAGAUCUAAUUGCAACAUGGUGUUUACCUUCUCCUUACACCCUUGAGCUUGUGCAAUUGUGUAUCUCAUUCUACUGAGGGUACGUAAAUUCUGCAUUCUGAAUGAAAAGGCUCACUUGCAGAUGUUCUUCUGGGAAAGGAAAAGUGUCUUCAGUCAAGCCAGAGAAAUCUGCUAUCUUGGUGCUGAAAACAGUAGUUUUGACAUCCUCUAAACAGGAAUAAUCCAGGAACAGUGAGGAAAGCGUUCUCAAGUGCUGGGGGCUAGAACUGAUGGCAGACAAUGUCAACGACUAACAACAUAGCACAGGCCCGGAAGCUGGUGGAGCAACUCCGUAUCGAGGCUGGAAUUGAGAGGAUCAAGGUCUCCAAAGCAUCUUCUGAACUCAUGAAUUACUGUGAGCAAAAUGCCAGGAAUGACCCACUGCUGGUUGGAGUACCCGCCUCGGAGAAUCCUUUUAAGGACAAAAAGCCUUGUAUCAUCCUAUAGCUUUCUUCGCUCUCGCGUGUACACUCUCUCUCAGGCAGGGCACCAUUCUGUAUCGAUUUAAACCAAGUCCCAAACUUAAAACUGCGCAGAGGGAUAAACACUAAAUGUUGGAUUCAAAUAGAACUUAAAAUCUCAAAUUGGAAGUGUUCAGAAGGGGCUCAGCUGCUCCUGGGCGGUUUGCAAACUAAGAGGGGUUCCAAUUUACAAAACCAUCGGGGUGGGCGGGCACAUUAUUAAUGCUAAUUCUGUUUUCAAGGGUGGUGGGAGAAACAAGAAUUUAACUGCAUUUGUCAAUGGGAUUCAUGGCCUCUUAAAAAGAUGGAGUUUUGACCUUUUUAAAGUAUUUGGGCAAAACUUUGGGUGUACUUUUGAUUGUUAGUUAUUCCAGCUGACGUAUUCAAAGAAUUUCAGUCUGAUUGCUCUGUUUCUUGGGGAGGCUGUUUGUGGUGGUGGUGGCUGUUUAUUUUAAAAAAAAAAAAAUUAAGUGGAUAUUACAAAUUAGUAAAUUCAGAAUUAGUGGUGGGGGAGGGAGAGCAAAGUGUUUGGCAGCUGCAUUGUAAUGUGUAACGAAAUCAUGAAACUUUCUCUCUCCAUGAAAUGUGGCAUGUGGUUCUGAAGCAUCAUAUGAUCUUACGGUAUUUGUUACAAAUGAAUCCCAUUGUGGGGAGUAUACUUCGCAGAGUAACCCAUCAGCCAUGAAAACUGAAAUGACUCUCCUUAAGUUGUGCUUAGCCCAAGGCAAAGGAGAUGUGGGUGUUUACACCCUCCGGUCACAAUUUGGAUUUUUAGUUCUGUGUGUUGUUACCACUAUUUUCCUAGCAGAAUUUCGAUGUUGAGGGCAUUGAGUUGGGUUUGUUCUGCCUUUUUCUGAUGGGUGGUGGGAUUCGUUCUGUUCUGCAGUAUCCUGUUGACACUUUUUUAUCCUGGCCUUUCAGAGAUUCUAGGUCCAAAACACUAGAACUGGCCACCAUUAACCUCCCAGCUCUCCUUCCCUCUCAUUAGUCAUUAAUGUGGAUCUGUUGCAUUCAAACCUAUUCAUUGGGAGUGGGGGGGUGGUUUAAGGCUGUCAGGAAGAAGUAUUAACUCCCAACAGUUCCCAUCCCUUGGAAAUAAGAAAAUUAACUAAUUUUUCAUUUACCAACAUAACUAUGGGCACUGCACAUUUGGGAACAAACUCGAGACACAGCAGCAGGCAAGGGGCAGUGUCACCUGCUGCAGGAUGUAAGCGACAGUAAUAACAGCUCCUAGGUGGACUGAAGGUAGCGCAGGGCCUUUUAAUCUACUUUGUGGAUCCUUGCUGCAGCAUGCAGGUUCUGAGCACCCCCACCCUGCAAUGCAACCCAGAUGGUGCUUGGAAGAAAGAUCAGAGCUCAGGGAAGUACUGCUGCCUCUCCCUGGUAGUUAGAUCUAUUACCAUGGGGUGCAUCCUGGGAACAUUUUAUAAGAACGCAGAAUUCUGAACAGUCCUCUGGCACCGCCGCAGAUUUGCGUACCAGCUUAAAGAGAACCUGUCCAAUACUGUCCACUUGAUCUAAACAGUCAGGCCUAGAUCUCUUCCUACAAGAGAAUACCCAGCUUUCUACGGAGAACAUGGAGAAGUAGGGGAGUGGCCCACUUCUGAGGGACGAGCAAGCUUCUGAGGUAGCAGAACAGUUACUAAUUUCUCAUUUCUGAUGUAAAAUGGGAGUUGAAUACUGGCAAAUUCAAGGUGCAAGUACUAAUAGUUUUUACUUGACUCACAGGGUGUCCAUUUGUACAUAGUCUUGCCACAUUUGGGUCCAGAUUGUGUUCAGGAUGAGAAGGAUAAAAGCCUCCAAUAUGGAAUCCUAGGAAGCCUACCACACUGAGCUGUUUCCCCAGUGUUUUGGGUCUGUUUGAAAUGUCUAGGCCUUUAAUAGAAGCCCAGUGCUUUGCACUUUUGGUACCCUCAAAGCCAGAGAAUGCUUCCUGUCGCCAGGUCAAUCUUUGUGCUGUAGACAAGAAAAGCUAGAGGAGAACUUGGGUUUGAGCUUUCAUGGGAACUCUGAGGAUUUGGGCUCUUCUGAGGUGCAGUCUGGGGGAGGGAAGACUUGCAUAUCAAUAAUGGAGACUGUACACACCUUCUACUAGUAAAAUGAGCAACCAGGGAUCUGCCUUGAGCCCAGCCUAGGCAAGCAGGCACUGCUCCCCGGUUACCUCCCUGGUGCUCCUGUAAGGGAAAAGUGUUGCAGCGUGUGAUACUUUCAAAGGCGGUUCUGGAGCCCAGGCUGUGCUCUCUGUCCGGAUUUGUGAUCCUGGUAUGCCAUCCAACAGCAGUUACUUUGGGUGAAAUGAAAGGUGGGGGAAGGGGGAGCUAGUGCCACAAUUCAGGCUAAAAUCUAUAGGGAUAAUAGCCGAGUCAUUGACACCGGCCCUUUGACAGAAACCUAGCUUAGAUUCUUUCCAACUCGGUGCGCACACAGUGCCUAUCUGCUUGGGGAGUAACACUCAAUCUUUAUCCAUUCAGCGUGAGAUUUACUAGUGGGAUUGCAGAUGGGGGAUGGGACCUAAUAAUCUGAGUCUGCCUCUCCUAAAUGCCACUCCACUCUACCUGCUCAUGCAACCGAUUGACAGGGCUGGCUGGUGACAGGACGGGAGCACCUCUUAUGCAGGAGGGACAUGCUUUGUUGAUCUCGUGGGUUCCAGAUAUUUUGCCGGCAGCUUUUUAUUACAUGAUCAUUUGCCGUUUUAAAACAAUCACAUUUGUAAACACUACUGCAAACUGCUGCACAUACCGUACGUCGGGCUGCCGCUUUCACCUGGCUUUCUGGGGCCCUGUGCUGAGCUGAGGGAGCUUCAACCUUCCACUGGCCUUUCCAAGGGCCCUGGGUUCCAAUCCUGAAAUCAGCCAGCAGCCUCAAAACUAGUUGCCAGCUCCCCUUCCUGCCCUUUGCCUAUGCGCCACAGGAAGUGGGUGGCAGAGGGGAGUGUGUUGCUUCCCUCUGAUGAGCCUUCCCCAGGGCAUGCUCAUUAAAUGCCUCUGGGCUGGCAUGGCAUUCCCACUCCUCUCCUUUGCACUGUGAACUGCUGGCUUGCUGUAGGCCGUCCAGUGCACAUUGUUAAACUUGAUCUGUCAGCCAAGAAACCCAAUGGGCCUCUCCCGGGGCAGCCAGCUGCCUUUGGGGUUUCCUGUAGGCUGAGCUAUUCCCAUAAAAUUGGCGAGCAAUGCCUUUGUUCUCUUUUGUCCAAUGUGAUUUAAAACUCUGUUGAAGGUUACUCCUGUAGUGGGAAAUUAACACUGUCCCAAGAGGUGUCUGGGUUUCUCCCCAGUGGGGCUUUCUCUUGUAGAUUAAGGAUUCCUUCUGUUCUUAACCUAGUGUGGUUCCAGCCUUAUUUUUCUACUCCAGAUUGCUGAUUCUUCCUUUACAUUAGAGAACAGUGCAUGGUGCUAUGGUGGGCAAUCUAGGCAGAUGCAUGAAUUUCCGGGUCAGCCAGAAGACCUGGGUUCUUCACGUGCAUAGGAGAAAGCUAGUGGCAGAGGUUACUGCAGAAGCUAUCCACUUCUACUCCACUCCAGACCCAAGCAAAGGACAGGCCAGUGUCAUUAGCUCGGACAGCCUAAGGAGUCUCCGAAAACCUACCCCUCUGAGGCUGAUGCCAUCCCUCUCUCCCCUUCCAGCAGGCCUUUCGUGUCCCACGCCACUGCCAUCUCCUGCCCAAAGCUCUUUCGAAUUGUCCCUGGGUCAAGCUCUCACCCCCUGUACUAUGUCUGCAGGGUUAGUCUAUAGUAAUCAUAUAAACUCCAGACACUUGGUUCCCCCACAGUCAUUCUAUUGUUGAAUUCCACCAGCUGGUCACUUAAUAGUUUAGCAAAUUGGUGUCGAUCUUCCUUUUCUUUCUCUCUGCCUGGCAUAUCCAGUUCAGCACCUUUACCUUAUCUCCCUCUGUCUGAAUCCCUCUAACAUGCCAGCCGGUUUGUUAACCGGGAAGGGUGGUCCUUUACACUAUGAACCUGUAGUGGAGUUUAGACUGUGCCAUAUUAUCUGUGUGGAAUGGGGCUGGGGGUGGAAUGGUCUUCUGGUGCAGGACACAAUUUGAGAAGGUUGGGGAGAGGGGACAGGACCCAUGUGCCAAGCAAGAGCCAAUUCCUUUGAUUCAUACAGUCGAUGUUUUUAUGGUUUCCCCACAAGAGUUAUGCAAAGAAUAUGGGGAGGAGGGAAGCUGGGGGCAGCUGGCAGCUCAGGCCCCACUGAUCCAGACCACGUUUUCAUGAACCUUUCACAAGUGCAUGCCCUGUGCUGUCCAGAGUCCCUGACUCUCCUUGGUCUCCACAGAUGCUGAUUAGAGGCGAAUGGAAGUCCUUGGCACUAUAUAAGGGGAGUGGGUGGGGAGAAGGCAGCUGGAUCUGAACAACUAUUUCCGAGUGGGGCGGGAGGGUUGGAAGGAGCCUUGCCACUUGGGUAUCUGAUGUAUCUUCAACUGGUGACUUGCCUCUAGGUGGAAAAAUCCUCAACCUUUUUUAGUUUUUCCUUGUCUGAGUAAAUGGGUGAUCAUAUUGUAGAUGUUUUUGUAUAGCAUAAAUAUAAGUGCAAAUUACAGUAGCUGCUUGUACUUUGUUAGUGCAUUUGCCC